AUGUCUGCCCCAGACUCGAUUCCUGUAGCUUCGGGAAGCGGGGUGAUCAGCUUCCCAGCUCUCUGGGCGUACAUAGUCCCGGCUCUGGAUCAUGUCAUGCGUUCUCCUUCAGAGAAUGGCGAGGCCCCUGCUCUAGACGUAAACUACUACAUGGGCGUUUACACCAUGAUAUAUAAUUUUGCUACCACCAGCCGUAUCGAAAAUACGCUCCGGUCUGCUAACUCAAAUUCACUGAUGUCCCACUUCGGCUUUGCAUUUCCACCUGCCUCCGUUGAUUUCGUUUCCUCAGCCGGAGAACUUGCUUUGCCGUCGCCAUCUCAAGUGUCCAAGAGCUUGGGUGCUGAGCGUGCUGAACGAGUUAAAUCAAUGGUGGGAUUCGAGCUCUAUGUGCACCUUGAAGAGUAUUUCCAAGAUGUCGCGAAGGAAAUUCGUUCCAAAAUACCGAACGACGACUCCGAACUACUCGAUUAUUAUCUCGAGGCUAUUCCCGUUUUUCCGUGGCGUCGCUAUCAUAAACCGCCAGAUGGAUUUAAAGAAGAAGAAGGAAAUCGAGUUACUGGAAGACAAAAAGAGGAAGUUCUGAAGCAUUGGGGCUUCAGUGGCGGAUCCCCUGAACAGAAGAGGUUCGCAGAGUCCUGCGCGGAGGCACAUAGUUCCUCGGACAAGAUAAUCCCUAUCGCCUCUCUUGCUCAUCGUUGCUGGCGAUUGGAGGUCAUUGAGCCCCUUUUGAUUUCAAGCAAAACACCCGUUGAGACACCACCGACGACGACGACAGGAUCGGUUCUAGAUUACGCCUUCAGCCAACCUUCACCCAGUCACUCUGAUGAGGUAGUUGCUCAACUCAAAGGCCUCACAUUGAACGUUCCACGCUCCACUCAGUCCAGACCCAGUGUACCGAGUCACCUAACACCUAGGUUUGCCAAAAGGAGGACAAAACGAAAGAACACGAAAGGGAAAGGCAGAGUGACGGUAAAGACGGAUAACGGCGCUGAAGAUGAUGACGCGAGUGACGAUAUUUCCCCCGGGCCAUCCCCAUCUACUCCCGCUAGUUCCACGCUCCAAGCACCAACAUUAUCCCGCUCCAGCAGCGCGUCCUUGCUUUGGAGUAGCGUUCCCCCAUCGCCUUCCAUAUCGACAGACUCAUCCAAGGAUCGUCUGAACCGUAUCGUUGGAGAGCUUAUUCUUGUUCCUCCGCACAGUCCCGAGGGUGUCAGCGCACGUGAAAAGGCAAUGACACUCUCCAAGUCGCUCAAGAUAUCUGGAAUAGGUCCUGACAAUGCCAUUAGGAAGCGUCUCGACAAGUACCUAAUGCGUUGA